AUGUAUUCAUAUCCAUAUACAAUGACAUAUUACAGAAACAUAACAAAUAAUUUUCCAGAUGGAUUGUUUAAAUAUGUUCGUGAAAUAUCAUUAUUUGAUGAACGUCCAUUUGAACAUAAAUUUUUCAUUCGAAUUGCUUCAGCUUUUCCAUAUCUUAAAAUAUUAUCUGUAAAUAAUUGGACAGCUCAAAAAUAUAAACAGUGUCGAAAAUCAAACGACGAUAAUCAAGAUUCCUCAAUCGCUAAUUAUCCUUAUCUUAUUCAACUUUCACUUUUAUAUGUUCACGUUGAUUAUGUUGAACAAUUUCUCGAUAAUACAAAAACGUUUAUAUCGAAUAACAUCUCAUUUUCUGUCAAUUAUUCUGUUCUACGACAAGCAACACAUAAUUUCACACGAAAUGAAAUGCGAAUCAAUUGUUCUAAAUUGAGUGAUAUACAUAUUUUUGAGAAAUUUGAUUAUUCUGAACAUUUCAAAGCCUAUUUUCCGAAUAUAAAAACAUUAUGA